UAAACAGGGGCACGAGGUUGAUUCUUUUGGUAUUGGAACACAUUUGGUUACCUGUUACGCACAGCCCGCUCUAGGUGUUGUUUUCAAGUUGGUUGAGAUAAAUAAUCAACCAAGGAUCAAACUUUCUGAAGAUGUUACAAAGGUCUCUAUUCCAUGUAAAAAGCGAUGUUUCAGAUUGUAUGGAAAGGAAGGCUACCCCCUUGUCGACAUAAUGGCCGGUGAAAAUGAACCACUUCCCAAGGUAGGUGAACGAAUUUUGUGCCGUCAUCCAUUUAGUGAAUCUAAAAGGGCAUAUGUUGUACCCCAGCGUGUUGAGGAGCUUUUAAAGUGUUUUUGGCCUGGAAGUUCAGAUAAAACACGAGAAGACCUACCUCCCUUGAGGGAGAUCAGGGAACGGUGUAUUAAACAACUGGAGCAAAUGCGACCGGAUCACAUGAGAAAGCUGAACCCAACACCAUACAAGGUUAGUGUGAGCGCAAAGUUGUAUGAUUUCAUCCAUUUCCUCUGGCUGAAUGAAGCACCUGUUGGGGAAUUGCAGUGAUCAGCAAAAGAAAGAAUAGCAUUUUUGAAAGAUUUUUUAUAGUGGAGUAUAGUUUGUUCAGAAAAGGAUCUUCCAAUAACAUGUACACCAUUUUCCUUUUUUUUUUCUUUUUCUUUUUCCAAGUGGAAUGUAUAAGAUCCCUUGGAUAUUUAAGAAGUGAAUAAACGUCAGUUUCUCUCUUUUCGUUUU